CGUCAUAGCAAUUAAGGCAGUGUUUGCAAACGCACAAACGCUGGUAGUUCAUCCACUUCAAAUAGUCAAUCCUUUCUCACCAAUCCUUCUCUUUUAAUAUCAUCUCCUCCAUUUCAUUCUCAAAUCCACCAUGGAUCGGAGCUGCCGCACACGGCAGUCCACCGCCAUUUCUCAUGCAUCUCCGUUUAUCUUUGCAAUCGUCGUCUUCUUUCUUGCUUCUUCUUCCACUUCCGAAAAAGCUCCAUAUCCCACAUUUGCAAAAGACGCAACGAAAGCUCCGGCGGUGUCUUCCUACGAUUACAUUGUAGUCGGCGGUGGAACUUCCGGUUGCGCAUUGGCAGCCACACUUUCACAAGGCGCAAAAGUUUUAGUCCUUGAAAGAGGGGACUUACCAUACGGCAUCCCAUCCGUGAACACCAUAAACGGGUUUAUCACCACUCUCGCUGACCUCACUCCGACCUCCGCCUCACAAACCUUUGUGUCCACCGACGGUGUUAUCAGCCAGAGGGCUCGCGUCCUCGGCGGUGGGUCUGCCCUGAACGCCGGUUUCUUCACCAGGGCGAGUCCUGAUUAUGUUAACAAAGCAGGGUUCGACCCGAAACUGGUGAAGGAGUCGUAUGAGUGGGUGGAGAAGAAGGUGGCGUUUGAGCCGAAGGUGUUGGCAUGGCAGGCGGCGGUGAGAGAUGGGUUGUUGGAGGUUGGAGUGUUGCCGGAUAAUGGAUUUACUUAUGAACACAUUUAUGGAACUAAAGUUGGUGGUAGCAUUUUUGAUGUGAAUGGCAAUCGACACACAGCUGCCGAUUUGUUAGAGUAUGCUGAUCCAACCAACAUUACUGUCUUCUUGAAUGCAACUGUGCACCGAGUAUUAUUCAAAACCGAUGAAAGGAGAGCACGGGGUGUUUUAUACAAAGAUAUGGAAGGGAAAGAGCACAUGGCAUAUUUAAACGCAGGGUCAUUGAUGAGUGAAGUGAUAUUAUCAGCUGGAACACUUGGGAGCCCACAGUUGUUGAUGUUAAGUGGUAUUGGGCCUGCUAAACAUUUAAUGGCCCAUGGGAUCAAAGUGGUAUUGGACCAGCCUAUGGUUGGACAGGGCUUAUCUGACAACCCAAUGAACCUAGUACUCAUUCCUACGCCCCGACCCGUAGAGAUUUCACUCAUUGAGAUCGUGGGUAUAACCCGAUUCGGAAGCUUUAUUGAAACCGCAAGUACUCAUAUUAACUUGCCAUUGCUCAAUAAAUUCAGUUCCCACUUUGGACAUUUUGCUAACCAGACAACAAAACUUGAGAGGCUAAGAUCUAUAAUUGGACAUCAACUCAACAUAGAUCCAUCAGGAUUUGAUGCUGGACUCAUCCUUGAAAAGGUAAUGGGCCCACUUUCUUCCGGUGUUCUAGAGCUUGAGACAAUAAAUCCCAAUGAUAAUCCUAAAGUCACAUUUAAUUACUUUAAAGACCCUCGAGACCUCCAACGAUGUGUUCAAGGGAUGGAAACCAUUGUAAAGGUGUUGGAAUCGAAAGCAUUAUCAUCAUUCAGAGAACCAUUAAUAUCAGUUCAAGAUUUACUUGCUUUGGUUGUGGCUUUACCUCUGAAUUUGAGACCUCGACAUGUGAAUACUGCAUUCGAUCUUCAACAGUAUUGUAUUGACACUGUGAUGAGUAUUUGGCAUUACCAUGGAGGAUGUCAAGUUGAUAGAGUUGUUGAUCACAACUAUAAAGUCAUUGGUGUUGGUGGACUACGUGUAAUUGAUAGUUCAACACUUUUGAAUUCUCCUGGAACAAAUCCUCAAGCUACUAUGAUGAUGAUUGGAAGGUAUAUGGGGCAGAAAAUGCUUGAAGAACGAUUGACACUUCGAAUGAAGUAGGAAAUGUGACAGGGAAAUUAUACUCUUUAAAAAAAUGUUGGAAGUUGUGUUUUAUAUUUCAUAUAGAGGUACUUGAUGAUAUAUGUUUUGUAUUUUAUUAAAACCGUUUUAGUAAGUUUUUAUUUAGUGUCGGUGGAUUAUAUUGUAAGUUAGUUCUUUUGCAUUGAAAUUUUCCUUCCAGAGAG